AUGGAAUUUUCUAACCAUAUCCCAGUUGACUCCGAUUAUGAUGAUUCCUCGUCGACAGAUGAUGGUGCCUCGAGUAAGAGAUCGAAAUACUCGACUCAGUCGUUGACUUCGAGUAUCUAUGAGUACCGUUACGAGAAUGGCAGAAGAUAUGCUGCGAUGAAACAGGGAGAAUAUACCCUUCCAAAUGACGAAGCCGAACAAGAAAGACUCGACAUAAUCCACCACAUCUACCUCCUCCUACUAGAUGACAAGCUCCACCUCGCGCCUAUUGACCUAAACCCACAAAAAAUUCUUGAUAUUGGCACCGGGACCGGUAUUUGGGCCAUCGAUAUUGGCGAACGGUAUCCUUCUGCACAGGUAAUCGGUACAGAUAUCUCACCCAUCCAACCGUCAUGGGUUCCACCAAAUGUAGAGUUCCAGAUUGACGACGCGGAGCUUCCCUGGACAUUCAAGAAUGAUUCUUUCGAUUUGGUGCAUAUCCGACACAUGUGCGGGGCCGUCAAGGACUGGGAUGAGCUGAUAAAGCAGGCUUACAGGGUCUGUAAGCCUGGAGGAUGGAUAGACUGUUCCGAGUACGAGAUGGAUAUCUUCUGCGAUGACGAUACCCUUCCAGAUACCCUCGAGAUCAAGAAAUUCUAUGUUCUCGUCAACAAAGCCGUCGAAACCACUGGUGCCGGUUUUACCAUGGCGGACAAGCUAAAGCCCCUCAUUGAGAAGGCCGGCUUUACGAAUGUCCACCACGAAUUAGCUAAGAUCCCUGUCGGCCCUUGGGCGGCGAAUCGCAAGCAAAAGACUAUGGGCGCGUAUGUCAUGAUGUCGGCCGAGACAGGCUUUGAAGCGUUUGGCAUCCAGUUAUUCACGACUGUGCUGGGAAUGGGUUUGGAGGAGGCGAGGCAUGUAAUACAGAUGUCGCUGAAGCAGGCACGAAAUAGACAUAUCCAUGGCUAUGGCCAGCACCAUCUUUACUAUGGGCAGAAACCGUUGGAUGAGUAG